AUGAACACCUACUCGACGCUGCCGCCGAUAAACAAACGAAGAUUCGAUUUCGGAGUAGAUGUAGAAGCUUUCAGAAUUAUCGAGAGACAACACAGCCAGGGUAGCUUCGAAGAAUCCAUGGAUGAGGAGACGGGUGGCAAACGACGACGGCGACUGCUAGAUGACGAGAGACUCGAUGAUGAUCAACGGAGUCGAUACGCACAUCCACACCAAUCCAACGAGGAGAAUACAGGUUAUCUGCAAAGGACACAAGUAACUCUGAAGUCUCUAUCAAAUAAUUGGUCACGUGACGAACAUUCAGUUCACUCGGACGAUAACGAAGAUAACAACGACUUCGACAACCUGUUCAAUGACAAACGAUCAGAUAAAAUGCUGCCAUCCUCACCGUCUCAAUCUUCGGACAGCGCAGACGGUUCGCAGAGAAGUUUCUCCCUGCAUCACCAAGUUAGAGAACAAGAAAUUAAUGAGCACGAUAGCGGGACCAUCGAAACGACUAAUAUUGUUAUAGAGAAAACGGAGCCAGACAGUAACGACGAAGGUCACAGAGAUAGUAAAAUCUCAAACAAUUAUGAUGGAAACUUUGACGAUCUCGCAGACUCCUCGUCCAAUGAACUCGAAAUCGAUAUAUCCGAUAGAAAUGACGAGAGAUACGAUGAGGAUAGAGAUUCGAAGGCGAAGCGAAAAGAAAUAAUGUCUGUCAAUAAGCAGACACUUUACAACGUUUAUAAGGCGGCUACCGCUGCGCUACCGUAUUCUACUCAAUCGGCAUUCAAACCGCCCGCUGAAGUGAAGCAUAAGAUACCUACUACUUCAUUUCCGAGCGAACCUUUCGGCGGUUACUCGAACGAGCACGAGAAGAGUUCUAAGGUUUCAAAGCAAUACACGAUCUUGCAGCCAGCGGGGUUGGGAUCACGCGCUGCCACAGCGCUGCACGAAGCGCGUGCUGUACCGUCCGCGCAGCCCACCCGGGAUUCACAACCCCUGAACGCACUCUCUCCGCCGGCCUCCAGAGAAGGCAACAAGUGUCCAACGCCUGGUUGCAAUGGGCAGGGCCACGUCACCGGCCUCUAUUCGCAUCACAGAAGUCUAUCAGGAUGUCCAAGAAAGGAUAAAGUUACACCAGAGAUCCUGGCUUUGCACGAAACAAUCCUAAAGUGCCCGACACCUGGAUGCAACGGACGAGGCCACGUGAGCUCAAAUCGCAGCACUCACAGGUCUCUGUCAGGCUGUCCUACUGCAGCAGCGAGGAAAGCUGCUGCUAGAACGCAACGGGCUCGUCCUAUAGUAUUAUCAGCGCCAAUAGUCUCCAUAGCAACCGCACCGACCGUGAGCACGCCAAGCGAAACCGCAAAUACGCUCCAAAAACGCGAAGCGGAGGUAGCGGCGUCGCCGCGUAGUCCAGCCGUGAAGCGGGAAGCCCCCGAGCUGCUGGUGCCGAAGAGGGAGGCGGCCGAGCCAGAGCGCGACUCUCCCACCAUGGAGACGCGCCACGCCGGCUACGGCGCGCCGCCAGACCAGAGAUCGCCCUACGAGCGACCGCCAGACGACCACGUACGGUCAUAUAGCCAAAUGAACGAAACGCGAUACGGUUACGAAGCGAGAUGUUACGAAGGUGCAACGGCGUUUGAACGCUACGACCCCGCCCAAUGUCCCCAACGACCUUACAGCUGGGACGAAGAGCGCUACCACGAUCCACACCUACCGACGCCUAUGAAAACCGACCAGUCAGAACAGGAAACCAACUCCGGUCCCAUUUAUCCUAGACCAAUGUACCACUACGAGGCUGGUGGCGGGGUAGUGGGCGGGGUGGGAGCGAUGGCCCCGGGCGUCCCGCCCGGCUUCUCCGCGAUCAAUCUCUCCGUGAAGAUAGCCGCGGCGCAGGCGCAGCGCCCGCGCACCCCGACACCCAGAGAUCCUCGCGAUCCUCGUCCGGCUAUUGACCUAUCCUCGUCUAGUGGCAGUCCCCAGGGUCCAUACGCGUCGCCGGUAUACACGAGCGCCGGUGGAGCCCGAGGCAGUCCGCAGCCGGGGGCCUCGCCUCAGCUCACCGCCAGCCCCCAGGUGCCCAGUCCGCAGGGCCAGACCCUCGACCUUAGCGUCACCCGUUUACCACAUAGCAGAGCUUUUCCCGGUGGCGUGUCGUAUAGCCGAGAAUCAACGCCUGAUAGUGGGGGAAGCCAUCCAUAUUUAGAAGCUUAUCAUCGAGAUACGGCAGGUUAUGGAGGUGUUAGUCCACAUCCAGUAGCUGGCUACGGGCUAGGCCAACCGGACUACGCGGCGGCUGCAGCGGCCGCUGGUUACGGUGGAUACCAAUACCAAUGCGGAGCCUAUCCGCCCCCGCCCGCCUAUCCGCCGCACGCGCCGCCCUACUCGCCGCCCUGCUACAUGCCUCCACCUCACGCACCGCAUGACAAACCUAAGGAUAGCAGGUGA